AUGUUGCAUGUGGAUUUCAGAACACUGAUUUUGCCUGUUGGCAUCGUGCGCAUGUUGGAGGUGCUUCUGACAUGUACCUGCUUUGCAUUGGUGGCAUCAGCGGGCAACUACAACUCGUCCCACUGGGCCUGGUGCAUGUUCUGCUGGUGCUUCUGUUGCUUCAUGACUCUCCUUAUCCUAAUUCUGGAGUUCACCAGCCUGAACACCAAGGUGCCCAUCUCCUGGGAAGACUUCACCAUGGCCUUUGCCAUGUUGGCCACACUUAUGAUGGUCACUGUUUCAAUCAUCUACCCAACGAUAUUCACCUGCGCGUCCUGCUCCAGGCAGAUAGCUGCAUCAGCGGUGUCCUGGUUGUGUUUUGGGCUCUAUGCGGCCGAAGUCUGGUUCGUCCACAAAAGACCUGGUGAAAUCAGUGGCUUUCUCACCACCGUUCCUGGUCUGCUCAAGAUCUUGGAGACAUUUGUUGCCUGCAUCAUAUUCACCUCUUUGAAUCCCGAGGUCUAUAAGAGGUUCUCAGGACUGCAGUGGUGUGUUGCCAUCUACUCAAUAUGCUUCAUUUUUUCGUUGAUGAUCAUUCUUCUAACCAUUGCCAGGCUGUUGCCUCUAUUUCCGUUUUCUUUCGACAUGAUGGUCACCUUCUUUAACAUACUGGCUAUGGUGAUGUACAUAACUGCUAUUGUUAUCUGGCCAAUGUAUGGAUUUGAACAAUGUCCUGAAUCCAAUAAAAACUGUUCGAGGAAUGAUCUAAUAGUGGUCACCUUCAUGACUGUCAUCAACCUGUUAGUCUACACUGCAGACGCAGCGUACUCGGUCAAAUUAGUAUUCUUUACCCAACAGGAGCAGAGUAGCCCAACUAUAGACUAG